UCGUUGUUGUUUUGAUUAAUCAAAACAAAAUAAAAUAAAAUUCUUUUUUUCCUGGAACGUAAUUUACUGGAAUACUUCAAAUCAAAUUAAAAUCAUAAUAAUAAAAUUUAGCAAAAAAAAUGUCUCAAUGGUAUCAUCGAAAUCCUUUGAAAAGUACUGCACCAAUAAAAUUUAAUCUACCAUUAAAAUCGGCACAAACAUCAGCCAUUCAAAUAUGUGUUGCAUUAAAUAAAGCUCGUUCAACAAUUAUUGAAUUAGUUCCUGAUCCAAGUUCUGAUGCAACAAUUUUGGAUGAAACAAUCAAAACCUAUCUAUCAUUAUUACAAGGAUUUAUUCUUUGUUUUCAUUUGGAUAAAGAUCGUCAACCAACACAAACAUCACGUUUACGAAAUCUGAUAUUAUUUAAAUGGACCAAUUCGGUUAUCGGAACUACUGAAAAAUAUAAUGAUAGUGUUUUUGAAUUAAUUUCAAUUCUUUAUGAAUAUGCAUUAUGGUUGAUGAAACAUUCAACUUGGAUUGCUGCACAGGAUAAAAUCGAUAUGGAUUCAGCAAAACAGGUACAUAAUUCAUUAAAACGUGCUGCUGGAAUUUUCAAUUUUAUUCAAACACAUUGGGUUGGACAAAUGUCGGAAAAAAUUGUUCCAGGUUCAGAUUUAGAUAUAAACGUUAUCAAUGCUUAUCAAUUAACAUGUCAAGCUGAAGCACAAGAAGUAACUAUUGCACGUGCAAUUGAAUUAAAACAUAAUUCAUCAUUAAUUUCAUCAUUGGCUCAUCAUACAUUGGUUAUGUUUACCAAAGCUUCAACAUUGAUUAAAUCAUUGAAAAAUAAAAUGUUUAAUAAAUGGCUAGCAUAUUUGGAAUUGAAAGCAGCUGUUUAUGAAUCUUAUGCUUAUUGUUAUCUUGGUGAAUCAUUAUUGGAACAGGAAAAAUGUGGUGAUGCAAUACGAUCAUUGGAUGAAAGUGAAAAACAUUUUCAACGUGCAAAAAAAUUAUGUCGUGAAUAUAGUUCGAUUAAAGAACAAGUAAAAAAUGGUUUAAAUGCUAAAAUUGAUGAACAUUUAUUUUUUCGUAAUCUUCGACCAUUAGUCGAACGAAUUAAAGAAAAAUGUUUACGUGAAAAUGGUUUUAUCUUCCAUCAAAAAGUGCCUAUCGACUGUCCACCGCUUGAAUCAAAAGCAACACAUGGUCUAGUUGCACCAGAAGAAUUUACAUUACCACCAUUGAAUGAAUUAUGGAAUAGUGAAGCUUAUUUUGCUUUUGAUAUUGCUGUUGAUCAGAAAAAAAUCAACAAAGAAAAAGAAACACCGAUUGAAGAGAUAAAAGAAAAACCAAUACAAACAUCACAUGAUCAAACGAAUGAAAGUGGAUGUUCAAUACAAUGAAUAAAUCAUCGAAUAUCCAUCCAGAUUCUUGGAAACAAAUUUCAAAUUAAUCGAAUAACAUUUUUUUUGUUUUGUUUUCUAGUCUAACCUCAAUUAUGUAUAACGAAUAACAAAAUCAUUAUAAGCAAUAAUCUCUACUUCAAUCGGGCAACUAAUCAAACGGUUAUAUAAAUAUUUUAUUACAUUGCC